AUCGUCGAGAGAGUCAGAGAGAAGAGCAAAGACACAGUUUUUAAUAGCAAAAGAGUGUUUUCAUAUUGGAGGAUACUGCAAUCGUUUAUUUGGGAUGGGAAAGCUACAAGUUUCAGUUGAUGGAAUACAAAAGGAACAAAAACAUAAACUCAACCCCGAAAAGGAUUUGGUGGUGAACAAAGAUGGAAUUUUCAUACAAUACGAGUUUAAUUAUGACCCAUCCCAAAUCUACUCCAGCGGAAAAAUCUACUUCAAAAAUGGCAAAGAAGGAGAAGCUCGAUUUUUUAAAUUCGAAAAAUCGGAAGAGGACUUAGCAAAGAAGACAUUUACCCUGACUUCCAAGUUAGCAAAUUAUGAUCAGCGUGUGGGUGUCUUGAAACCUCACUUCCUCACCUAUUAUGAACCACAAAAUAUUUGGAUUUUGUGCUACGAAAAAUUCAAUCAUCUUCUAAGUGAAAUAAAUAUUGAUGCUGAGGAUUUUGUCAAUGGCGAUUCUCGUAUUCUAUCUUUUUGGUGGCGCAGUUCCAUACGGAACCUUUUACGAACGAUAAAGCAUAUGCAUUCUUAUAAGUUUUUUCAUAAGGGUUUGAACAGAAGUGACAAUUAUGUUGUUGUUUCCGGUCGAGUCAAGAUUAUUAACAUCCAAAGUAGUUUUGAAGAUCUUGAAGAUCCUCCUUCACAAGUAAAUGUGUUGAGAAUGAAUGACUUAAAAGCAUUUAGGAACAUGUUAAAGGAAAAAAUAAUGUUGCCAGAAGAUUCUUGGGUUGAUCGUGAUUCUUUCUUUGAUUUCUUUGACAAAGAAGAAUAUCCGUACCAUAUAUUUAUUGAGAAACUAGCAAGCCAUCCCUUUUUAUUAACUCCAGCUGAAAGAAUGAAGAGUUUUUACAGUAUACAUGAUUCUGCAAAUGAAAGCAAGUUCAAGAGAAGAUUAGAUGGUAGGGAAUUCUAUAAGUAUAGGGGAUGGAAUAGGAAAGAUAUGUUUCGUGAGUUCCAAAAGGUUUAUAAAAUUUUCAAUUCGAAAUAUGACGGUGAUUGUGUAUGGGACCUUCUAGAAUUUUUGAAAGAUGUAUAUGAAGAUGAUAAUCGUCGUGAGUUAACCCUUGAUGCUGCCUACGCUGAGGUCAGAAGGUUGUACCCUGAUUUCUUUGAGAAGAUUCAUGCCAUCGUAUGA